AUAAGCAAUUUUCAGGAAAGAAAUACUUUGCUAGCUCUGCAGUUAGUGAGAUUUGUUUCUCUCUUAAAAUUUGAGAGUGAAACUGACGAAAAUCCCUCCAUAAGAGAUCGAGAUGGCCUCCACUUGCAGCAUCGAUCGUGUCUUACUUGGUCUAGAGUCGCUCCGGAACAGCUCCGGAAUAUCCCUUCAUCUUCUUUUCGAUGUUCGUAUUGCAAUCAAACGCAUGAAAUUUCUCAAAACAUUUCUUAUGUGUGCUAGAAAGUGGAGCCAAAGCAAUGAUUUGUACUUGCAAUCUGACAAUGUUGUGAAGAGGGUAAGUCUUCCAGCUUUCUUAUCUUGUAUCGAAGAUACCUUUCACAAAUAUGAGGAGGAUAUUCACUCUCUUUCCCGUGAUAAGAUAUAUGUAGUGUUCCGCGAAAUUCAGAAAGAGAUCAUAUCACUCAAGCAAGAAAUCAUCCAAAUUUACUUUGCUUUGGCAACUUUGGCAAGCAACAGGUCAUUUCAAUCAAAUUCUUGUAUGACAGAUGAUGAACUGUUGGAAUUCAUAGACCUCAUCCUCCAAAAUCUAGCAGCAUUGAGAAAUCUCGAUAUGAAUUGGCAAAUUACUAAAUACUCUAUUUGUGCUGCUUUGAGUGCUCAAGUCCAAGAUCUUGAAGCAAAGCUGACAUUCUUGAAAAGCUUCAUUCCCUUUGCCAAAAUGCGAGGAACGGCAGAUAUUCCUGCCUUGCUAUUGGCUCACUUUGAAGUGGUGGCUUUGACCGCAGCAGGCCUCUCUUACAUGUGGUCCUUUUGGAAUGAUUUUGAGGCAAAGCACAAUCCUGAGUUCUACGGCAGAAGUAUUUGCAGCUUCAAACUCCUCAUCAUCAUAGUUGUUGAUUUUCAUGUCUACGAGAUUUAUAAGGAAGUACUUGCAGCUUCAAACUCCUCAGCAUCAUUACAUACAGCAGUGAUGGAUGAGCGGAUAUUGAACAACUUCAACGAUUCUCUGAUAGGACGUCUCUGGGAGUUGUUAUGCUGCAGCUCUAGCUCUGUGGAUUCUAUGAAAGAUGAAAUGCAAACACUCUAUGCAGAACUGAGGUUUUUGAGAAGCAUUUUAAGGGAGCAUCAUAAGAUGAUGGAUGAACAAAAUGAAAAAAUUGGAGUUCUCCUUGGUGAGGCAGGCAUUAUACUAUUCUCGCCCACUCUGAGCAGAGUGAUAGCAGGAGAAGUUAGCUUCUCAGGAUCCACCCAGGUUCUUGAUUUUCGUCAUAUGCUGGCCAAUAUCAAGCAUUUUAAGGAUCAGAUCAGUGGCUCAAGUACUAUAGAGAGUCUUCCUAAUUCCUCUCAUAGCUUAAGAGCACCAGAAGUUAGCCAGACUUCCAGCCGCAUGCUAUCAAAGGGUGAAAUGCCAAUAGACCAUGAAGUCAUGGUUGGUCUUGAUGAUGGGGCAGAAAAAGGAAUUGAACCACUUAUCAAGGAUUUUGAGGAGAAGCUCAGUGUCUCAAGUACUAUAAAGAGUCUUCCUAAUUCCUCUCAUAGCUUAAGAGCACCAGAAGUUAGCCAGACUUCCAGCCGCAUGCUAUCAAAAGGUAAAAUGCCAAUAGCUCGUGAAAUCAUGGUUGGUCUUGAUGAUGAGGCAGCAAAAGUAAUUGAACGACUUGUAAGCGGACCAGAACAUGUGGAAAUUGUUCCCAUUGUGGGAAUGGCUGGGCUUGGUAAAACAACUUUAGCCAAAAAGGUUUACAAUGAUAAUUCAAUUAUCUAUAACUUCCACAUUCGCCUUUGGUGCACUGUUUCUCAGGAAUAUAACAAGAAAAGCUUGUUAACACAAAUUUUGUGCUCUGAUGGAAAACACUCUAGGAUGGAUGACUUGAAUGAAGAUAACUUGCUUCAAAAGCUCCGUCAAAGGCUAUUGCAGAAUCGGUAUCUUGUUGUUUUUGAUGAUGUCUGGGACAUUGAGGUAUGGAAUGAGCUGAGAAAUGCAUUCCCCAAUGACAAAAACCAAAGUAGAAUCAUCUUUACGAGUCGAUCUUCUAAUGUAGCUUCACAGGUUCAAUAUGGUGGAGAACCUCACAAAAUUCGCUGCCUUACUGUCGAAGAGAGUUUCGAAUUGCUGCAGAAGAAGGUGUUUGGAGAAGAAGAAGAAUGUCCUCAAGCAUUGCAUGAAUUGGGAAUGGAGAUUGCUGAAAAGUGCUGGGGGUUGCCACUUGCACUUGUUGUUGUAGCUGGAGUCCUAGCAACUAUAGAGCAUGAUAUUUUGCUUUGGGAAAAGUUUGCUGAAAGUUUAACUUCAACCAUGGUGUCUGGUACAGACCAGUGGAAGAAGUCCUUGGAGCUCAGUUAUGAGCAUCUACCAUAUCACUUGAAGGCAUGCUUGCUGUAUUUUGCUGCAUUUCGAGAAGAUGAAAAAAUUGGUGCCAAGAGUUUGAUGCGUCUAUGGAUUGCAGAAGGGUUUGUGGAAAUAAUUGAAGGAAAGAGAUCAGAGGACACUGCAGAAGAAUAUUUGAUGGACCUAAUUGGCCGAAACCUGGUCAUGGUAAGUAAAAGCAGAUCCAUUGGUGGAGUCAAAACUUGUUACUUUCACGAUUUGAUAUUUGAGUUCUGUAAGGGCGAGGCGAAAGAAAAGAAAUUUCUUCAGGUCCUGCGAGGAUAUGAUGAGCUUUCUACCUUUAAUGAGCCUCCCAACCUACCUCGGUUGUCCAUUCGCUCCAGUGGAGAAGAUUUUAUAAAGUCAAGGCUAUUUUGUCCGCAUUUAGCCAGUCUGCUAUUCUUUGAUGCUACUCCAGGAUAUCAUAAGUUUGAGUUGUUUAAUAUCUCCUUCCUUUUUUGCAUCUACAAACGUCUUGAAGUUUUGAAUUUAGAGGGCAUUAACCUAAGGCUGAAGGAGCUUCCAGCUGAAGUCGAAUCACUUCUUUGUUUGAGGUACUUAGCCCUUACAGCUUUGUUGAUGAGAUGCAUUCCAUCCUCUAUCGCCAAGCUCUCACAUUUGGAAACCUUUUGUCUAAAUUCUAAAGAGAAGGUUUCAUUGCGAGAUAGCAUCUGGAACAUGAAGAAGUUGAGGCAUGUGUAUGUUAGGGGUGGCGUCGUUAUUCGUCUGCCUUCCAAUGACAACGUUGUUGAAAACCUCUCCACUUUACCCAAUUUAGACACACUCUCUUGUUUGUGUCUUUGUGAAGAGGGAGAGAGCUCUUCCUCCCUUUAUGAAGAGGGAGAGAACCUUUAUGAAGAGGGAGAGAACUUAUUGAGAAGGAUUCCCAACGUUCGCCGACUUAAAAUUUACGAUCGUCAGACUGGAAAUGGAGUGUUGAACUUGAGUCGACUAGAAUGCCUAGAAUCACUCACCUGGUCGGGCAAUUACUCCUCAGGUUCAUGGGAACAUGUUGAGCCUCCUUUUCCCAUGAAUUUGAAGAAGUUGAGUCUUCGCAAUCUGGGUCUUCCCUGUAGCAAAAUGUCAUUGAUUGAACAACUACCCAACCUUGAAGUCCUCAAAUUAAGAGACCGGGCAAUGGUCGGCCAAAGAUGGGAGCUGAUGGUAGGAGGAUUCCCUAAACUCAGGGUCUUGACUUUGGAAGAUGUAGAGGUUGCGGAGUGGACAGAGGCAGACCCUGACAGUGAUGAUUACUUCCCGCGUCUUCAGCAAUUAAAUCUUCAAAGAAUUUAUAAUUUGGAAAUGAUGCCUGCUUGUUUAGGGAGUAUAUCUACUCUUGAAACAAUUCAGGUGGGUGAUUGCAGAGAUGGCGUCAAAUCUUUAGUACGGGAAAUUGAAGCAGCACAGGAAUAUAAUAAUGGAAAUGAGAAUCUGAAGAUCAUUUAUGGAAAUACCCGGUGCAAUUUCAGUGAUAUCAUCAGGGAGUGCAUGCCGCGGUAGUUUUUCCUCUUCAGAUUGUAAUUGGUCAUCUGUGCGGCCUGGCUUUCUUUGAUACUUUUGUGGAAGAUUGAGGUAAAAGUUGGAAAGGAUCGAUGGCUCUUUUCUUGUCAAGAUAUGGUGGAAACAAUCAAUGAGAUUAUUCAGAUA